ACACUCUUCAAUCUUGGCCAAGCGCAGCAGCAAAACUCACACGGCUCUCUCUCUCUCUCAUUUCUUUUCGAGUUCUCACAUCGUUUUGAGGUUUCCAAACCGGAGGACGCACCUCAGUGAAAACAUUCAAGCAGCUUCUUUUUUGAACGAAAACAGUGCCUCAAGUUCUUUGUUGUAAAAGACGAAAAAAAAAUGAGACAUUAAAUUGUUAUUGCUUUGCAGAACAGAAAUGCGGAUUCAUCUUGGAUUUUUGCGCCGGAGGAGUACGGAAGCUUCGUUAUCGACUCGACCCAAACCGGAAGAGGCGAAGAAAUGGAUGGAAUCGUUCGACGCUCUCAUGGCAUCUAAAUAUGGAUCGUCUCUUUACCGAGCCUUUCUCAUUCGCGAAUUCAGUAAUGAGAAUCUGGAAUUUUGGCUGGCCGUGGAAGACUACAAACAUUUGAAACCGCAAAAAAUGGCAACUAAAGCCCAGCGAAUUUACAAUGACUUUGUGGCCGUCCAAGCCUCUAAAGAGAUCAAUUUGGAUGCUGAAACGAGGCUCGUCACACUGGCAAAUGUCCAGUCUAACAAUCCGGAUGCACACGCGUUCGAUCGUGCCCAGAGACGGAUUCAACACAUGAUGGAACGUGAUUCUUACGUGCGUUUCCUUCAGUCUACGCUCUUUCUCGAACUCGUCCACACGGAACAUUGCCCAACAUCGGCCGGCUACGUUUCGGACAAUUAAAUUAACUUGCCUGUAGACAGAACGAAGUACCGACAACCAAACAACUCAAGGCUGAACUGGCCACCAUUGGCGGACUUAAGUCUGACUAUGUUGUUGUCCUUUUAAAAAUAUUUUUUGAAUGGAUUUUUGAAGCUACUCACCUAUAGCCUCACUGUGAUAUUAUUCCUCGUGUUUUGAUUCUACUCAUUUUUUUCAAAAUAGUUUUCAAAAAUAGUCUAAUAUUUUUAGGAGACGCGAAUUUAUUUAAGGGGGCAAGUUUCGGUUUAAAACUUUGAAUUCCACAAUGCGUUAACUAGUCUUGUUGUGUCUCAUUUUGUCUUGCCAGGAAUUUUGAGUUAACGUUUCUUGACUAUCGGACAACUCGAAAUAGUUAACAAGGGCUUUAUGUUUCUUGUGUUCUAGUCCACAUAUGGAACCAUGUAUUCGUUUUUUCUACUUAUGUAACCUAUUAUAUGAAUCGAAAUGGGAAAAAUUUCACGGUUGGCGGGCUCCGACCCAAGAGAUCUCGAUGUAAUUUAUUUUUACAAUUUUAUGUAUACUCGAUGCUUUCAAAUAAAUCAACAAAAACGAA